AUGCCGCUGCCGGUGCUCUUGCUGCGGGCGGCGGGCGCCUGGACCCGGCUCCGGCCGCCCUCCGUGCCGGGCCGCAGGUACCGGGGAGCGCGGGGCAUCCCGGGCGGAUCCCGGAGCCUCGGCUCCCUCGGGAACCCCAUCUCCGGCUGGGAGCAGCCCCGGCUCGGGGGUCGCGGGGGUCCCGGGGUGCGAGUCGGGCUGCGGGGAGCCAGGGCGGCGGGAUGGGAACCGGGGCGGGGGCAACACGUGGGCAGGUAUUGGGGUGCCCCGGGCUGCCCUGCUGGGAGGAGGAGCCGCCUCUGGGCGCGGUGCGGGGCGGGGACCUCGCGCUCUGCAGCCUGCGGCGUCCGGGGUUCCCAGACUCGCGGGAAGGAGGGAGCGCCCCAACUCCUGGCGGGGGAUUGGACUGCGGGACCCCGGGCGGUCCUGGGGGGUCCCGGCUCCCUUGGGGGCGGGAACACAGCUCCUGGUGAGGGAGAUGGGAUUCUGAGGUGCCGGGGCUGGUCCCUGGGGGCUCCCCUAGGUUCGCUCACCCCCAGGUUCACUUCACCCACCUCUCUCCGCAGUUUCAGGUAUGGGGGGCGCCUGGGGCUGGCCGUGCCCCCCCGGCCGCCCCCCGCGCCCCCGGCCCCGCGCUCCCGGCUGCUCCUGGUGGGCUCGGCCUCGGGCUGCGUGCUGCUGGGGCUGCUGCGCACGGCCGCGCGCUGCCAGGAGGCCACCACUGUCCCCGCUGUCCCUGCUGUCCCCCCUGCCGCUGCCGAGCCGCCAGAGCCCCCCCCGGAGACCCCCUUUGACUGGCCCCUGUUCUGGACCUUCCUGCGCCCGCAGCUCCUGGCGCUCUCCGCUGCUGUCGUGCUGGCGCUGGGCGCAGCCCUGCUCAACGUGCGCAUCCCGGUGCUGCUGGGCCAGCUGGUGGACGUGGUGGCACGGUGUGCCCGCGGCCAUGUGGCCACCUACCUGCGGGAGGUGCGGCGCCCGGCCCUGCGCCUCCUCGCCGUCUACUGCCUGCAGGGCCUGCUGACCUUCGGGUACAUCGCCCUGCUGGCCCGCGUGGGCGAGCGCGUGGCCGGCAACAUGCGCAAGGCUCUCUUCAGCGCCCUGCUCAGGCAGGAGGUGGCCUUCUUUGACGCCACGCGCACGGGGCAGCUGGUGACACGGCUGACGGCCGACAUCCAGGAGUUCAAGUCUUCCUUCAAGCUGGCCGUCUCCCAGGGCCUGCGCAGUGGCACGCAGACCGCCGGCUGCUUCGUGUCGCUGUACCUGCUCUCGCCCAAGCUCACGGGGCUGCUGCUGGUGGCGCUGCCGGCGCUCGUGGGCGCCGGUGCCUUCAUCGGCGCCUUCCUGCGCGGCCUGUCCCGCCAGGCACAGGAGCAGGUGGCCAAGGCCACCGUGGUGGCCGACGAGGCGCUGGGCAACGUGCGGACGGUGCGCGCCUUCGCCAUGGAGGAGCAGCAGGCAGGGCUGUUCCGUGCCGAGGUGGACCGUGCCGGAUGUCUGAGCGAGCAGCUGGGACUGGGCAUCGCCGCCUUCCAGGGGCUCUCCAACCUGGCGCUCAACGGCAUCGUCCUGGGAACCAUCUUCGUGGGUGGCUCCCUGAUGGCUGGAGACCAGCUCUCCCCCGGUGACCUCAUGUCCUUCCUGGUGGCCUCGCAGACGGUGCAAAGGUCCUUGGCCAGCAUCUCCGUUCUGAUGGGCCAGGUGGUGCGGGGUCUGAGUGCUGGUGCCCGUGUCCUCGAGCUGCUGAGACUGGAGCCCCUCGUGCCCCUGCAGGGGGGGGGCACCAUCCCUGCUCACUCCCUGCUCGGACGCAUCUCCUUCAAUCAUGUUUCCUUCAGUUAUCCCACCCGGCCUGGCUACCCUGUCCUGCAGGACUUCAGCCUCACCCUGCCCCCCUGCCAGACUGUGGCCAUCGUGGGCCCCUCAGGAGGAGGGAAGUCAACGGUGGCAGCGCUGCUGGAGCGGUUCUACGAGCCCACGGCAGGAACCAUCACCCUGGAUGGGCACGACAUCGCCGGCCUGGACCCCUCCUGGCUGCGGGGGCAGGUCAUCGGCUUCAUCAGCCAGGAGCCGGUGCUGUUCGGCACCACCAUCAUGGAGAACAUCCGCUUCGGGAAGCCAGGAGCCUCUGAUGCUGAGGUGUACGAGGCCGCCCGGCUCGCCGACGCCGACGGCUUCAUCCGCAGCUUCCCCGAGGGCUACAACACCGUCGUGGGCGAGCGCGGCACGGCGCUGUCCGGGGGGCAGAAGCAGCGCAUCGCCAUCGCCCGGGCGCUGCUCAAGGACCCGGCCGUGCUGAUCCUGGACGAGGCCACGAGCGCGCUGGACGCGCAGGCGGAGCGGGCGGUGCAGGCGGCGCUGGAGCGCGCUGCCGCCGGCCGCACCGUGCUGCUCAUCGCGCACCGCCUCAGCACCAUCCGCGGCGCGCACCUCAUCGCCGUGCUGGCCCGCGGCCGCGUGGCCGAGGCGGGGACCCACGAGGAGCUGCUGCGGCGGGGGGGUCUCUACGCCGAGCUCAUCCGACGGCAGACGAAGGAGGGGUCCUGAGGCGUCCCCGCGCUGCUCCCCCCCCAAUAAAGCGGCGCUGCCGCGCGGACCGGGC